AUGCAGCACCACGGUCUUCUGAAGUCAGAAGGACGGCACGACGCGCACCUGGCGCACUCGUUUUGGCUUUCGCAUCCGAGGCCCUGCAGAGAGCAGUUUUUUUGCCCCGCGGCGGGCGGCGACUGGCCACGAGGCCGCACCGCCGGCGGCCGCAUGGCCGGGCCGCGCGAUGGUGGUGGGCCAGGACGCGGCAGAGAGCCAGGUGGGCCCCCGCCUACAGGCGGCCGCCCGCGCCGCGGCCAGGGGCGGGGCCCUGGAGCAGCCGGCGCAGCUGGACAGGACGCCCUCUGCCUGCUUCGCGCGCUGAUGGGCGCCUACCUCGAGCCGGGGUUCCAGUCCGAGGUCCGGGACCUCAGAGACGCCAUCGUCGACGAGGCGAGGCUCCUCUGCGCCCUCGCGCCCGUGGCCGGCAGGGCACAGGCGCCCGUGUUCAAGAGGUUCGGGCUCCCGCCUGGCUCACCAGGCGUCCUAGUGCUGAAGAUGGCCGUCAAGGCGGUCUCAAAGUACAGCGGCGACGAGCUGGCUGGCGACGUCCGCGAGUCGCUCGGCCUGCCGCGCGAGGAGGUCGUGCAGCCUAUGACGAAUUGGUUGAGUUCUCCGCAGCGCUCUGAAUUGGAAGAUGCUGAGGAGGCCAUGGUCGCCCGAAUAGCGAGAGCGCCCGUGGACGUGCGGGGCCCGCUCGCGGAGCUGUUGAAGCUACCCUACCGGGCGAGCCCGCUGGAGAUCGCGAGGAGGCUUCCGCACCUCCGGCAGCGGGCGGAGGAGAUCGCCGCCACCCAGCUGUCCCGCGGCCGCGCGUCGGUGAUCGGCCACGGAAAGGCCCUGGGCCCCGAGCUGGCGGACGCUCCCGACGACCAGGGCUUUCCGUUUGGAUGGCCCGGGUCCUCCCUGGACCUCCGGGCGGCCAACCGACCACGGGCAAAGCUCGUGGACACGUACGAGCACUACCUCAAGAAGAUGGAGCCCAUGGCCGCCGCGGCCGCGCUGGCCGCCGCCGCUGCCGAGCGCGUGCUGACGGCCCUUUGCGCGGAGGAGCCACGCGCGGCCUGGCUGCUGGCGGGGCUCUGCACGGUGCCGUUUGGCGAGUUGGCGUGGGCAGGUCGGCUUGCGAAUCUCGUGCUCUGCUGCGUUUGGGUGGGCGGCGGGGCGGCUGGGGCGGACGGGGGCGGAGUGGUUAUCAAAGCUGCGGUGCGCACCCUGGACCACAAUGGUGAUCUCCAUGUGCUCCGCCCUUUGCAGCCAGAAUUUGAGCUCAUGACGGACAAGCACGACGCCACCUGGCGCCUGGUCUUGGCGCUGUCUGACGGGGUGCUGGAGUUGGGCUCCGACCUGCAGAUACAGGCCACGCACUUCUGGGGCGGAAGCACGGGGCUAGUGCCGCCACGGUUCCCCGCGGCGCUGCCCAGGCAGGGCGCGUGCCCGGGCCUCGCCGCGUUGCUGCUGCGGGGCGCGCCCGCCAACCAGAGCGGCGGGGGGUGCUUCCUGGAGUGCCUCGCGUCCGCGGAGGACCAGGAGCCAGGAUCCCCGGCCUCUCGGCGCGUUGCCACCCCCCCUGGCGGGGCUGGCGGCUGGCGCGACACGUGCCUGCAGGGCAAGGCUGGGCUCGGCGCCCGGGCCUUGGACGUGCGGCUGCGGGACGCGAGGGGCAGAGUCGUCCCCGCGGACGUCUACUGCACGCCCAUGCGCCGGGGCGCCAGCGAGCGCGGUUUCCUCGCCGCCAUCCGGGCCAGGCCCCCCGAGGAGGGCGCCAUCGGCGCCGCGGAGGACGGCGGCGCGGCGGAGCCCAGCGGUUCAGGCGACGGCGACGGCGCCCAGCCGCCUGGGGCGCUCAUCGGUACAUCGUUGCCCUUCGUGCUGCGCGAGGCCAACGGUUGCUUCCGGCAGUUCCUGUGGCCUCCGAACGGCACCUUCGUGGAGUGCAUCUCGCGCGAGGCGGACAGGGACGCCUUCGUGCGCUGGCUCGGCUGCCGGGUCCAGGUGGCACUGUCCCGUGGCGCCGCCCCUGGCAGGCGGCAGUUCGGGCCAGUGGUGCUGCGGCUGAGGCCGCAGUGGCGCGCCCCCGCGGACAGGUGCAGCGCCGUGGUCGGCGUGGAGUUCCCCCCGCCGCCCGCAGGGGCGGCCGCGGCGUACGACGUCGCCAUCACGGUGUACUCCCUGGCGGGGGCCGAUUGGGGCCUCGGCGCCGCCGCCGCUGGCGGGCGCGCUCUGCCGGGCGCCAGCGCGCGUCCGGGCCCAGAGGGCGAGGGGGACGCCGGUGGCGCAGCGGCUGGCUCGACCGACUUCAACGCGCUCAUGUCGGUCGUGGCCUCGGCGACUUGCUCUAACCAGUUCGGGGGGGGCCUCCACGUGACCACAUGCCGGCACCGACAGCUGCCGACUGCGAAGGACGACGCCGGCUUCUGGAAGCACGCGCAGCAUUGCGACGAGCACGAGCAGCACUACCCGACACCAGCAACCUGGCACUUCGACUCAUGCCCGGGGGCGGCAGCGGCGGCCACGCCGGCUGACCUCGAGAUGCCAGACUGGAUGGCGCCCCCAGCGAAGCGGGCCGCGGCCCAGGGAUCGGCGGCGCAAGACAAGCGAAGCAGGAAGGACAAGGGCCAGCAGCAGGACACCAUGGGCAACAGCACGACGAAGUUGGCACUGCACCUGGAGAGGAAGGCCACGAGCGCCAACGAGUGCACGGUGGUCACUCCCGUGGAGUCGUUCACCAAGGCGCCUGCGGAGUUUCGCUGCGACUGGGCGGAUGCGCACGUCGAGCCGCGGCACGCCCGAGAGCUGUGGGGGCUGCCCGCUACGGCCGAGCCGCGGGGGCCGGGCGAGGAGUGGUUGUCUCUCGGGGUCGGCGCCACCGUCAUCGACGGAACCCUGGAGGGCGCGCUGGCGGCCGACGUGCUGCGCGAGCUUCACGCCCUGGAGGCAGCGGGCGAGGUCUCCCAGUCGAAGGACCCCUGCAACAUCGGGGCGCGGUCGGUCUGGCUCCACUUCGAGACGAACCAGGAGCGCGAGCGGCUGCCGGCCCCGCUGCGCGAGGCUGCGCGUGCCCCGAUGGCCGCCGCCGCGGCCGCGCUGGCGCGCGGGAGCGCGGCGCACCUGGUCGUCGGCGAGCAGCGCCAAAAGUAG